AAGUGGUUUCUAGGACAGUUUCAAUCUUUCUUUUGAUACUUUCUUGAGACGACGUUGUAUCUUUGUCGAAGACCGAGAGCCGAAGAGGUUGACGACUGAAGUCCACCCCCGUUUGAGUAGCGAGACGCUAGAACGGCUACCGACAUUAGUAUAUAUUGGUUUCUAUUACACUGCAGUAACAACAUCUGAUCCUCACGCCUUCUCUAAACAAUAGAUACAAGACGUCACAAAGACCUCAAACCUCAACGCUCCGAUUCAAACUCUACCUCAACCCUCCCAUCCAUCCAUCCAAAAACACCACACCACCAAAAUGGAAGCAAUCGCCUCCCUCAACACCACCGCCGGCCAAUCAAUCCCCUCCAUCCUACCCCCAACAUUCAAAAUCUUCGCCCCGCUCCUCUCCUCCCACGCCUCCACCAUAAAAUCCAUCCCCUCCCGCGAAGUAUCCUACGGCACGCACCCCCGCCAAAAACUCGACAUCUACACUCCCCCCUCUUCCUCUUCCUCCGCAUCAUCACCAAUCCUAAUCUUCCUCCACGGCGGCGGCCUCGUCCGCGGCGAUAAGUCCUCGCCCCAGAUGCCAGGGAACCUCGUCUACGCCAACGUAGGCGCUUUCUUCGCCCUGCGCGGCUUCACGACGCUGGUUAUGAAUUACCGGCGCGUGGAUUCUAGCGCGCCGGGGUGUCAGGUGGGUGAACAUGCCCAGUUUCCGAGUGGAGGGGAGGAUGUGAGUGAGGCGUUGAAAUGGGUUGAGAAGGAAUUCGGAGGAGGAGAGGAGGGGAAGAGAGAUGUGUUUUUAGUAGGGAAUAGCGCGGGGGGUGUGCAUGCGUCGACGUUUGUGCUUGGGGAGAAGUUUGCGGAGCAGAGGAAAAGUUUGGUGAGCGGGAAGGGAGGAGUAGUUUUGAGGGGUCUGGUUAAUGUAGCUGUGCCGUGCCAUUUUAGGAGGGCGGAGGAGGGGAGGAGUGAGGUUUUGAAGGCGUAUUAUGGGGAUACGAAGGAGGUGGAGGAGAGGUGUGUUUUUGGGCUAUUGGAAGCUGUUAUGAAGAGUGGGAAGUCGAGAGAGGAGGUGGGGGUUCCGGCUUGUUUGGCGGUACUAGGGGAGUUUGAUCCAGAGGAUGAGAUUUGUGAGCCGAUGGAGGAUUUUGUAAAGCUUUGGGAGAGUUGGGGAGAUGGGAUUGAGUCUUUGAAGGCGGAGGGACAUAAUCAUAUUUCGCCGCCUAUGGCGCUGUGUAGUGGUGAUGUGAAGGGAGAGAAAUGGGGAGAGGAUGUUGUGGCUUGGAUCAAAAAGCAGUCUUAGUCUCAUAUAUAUAAAAGGUAUAGUAAGAAUGGAAGAUUCAAAUUCAAA